AUGAACGAAUCUGCUGAAAAAGAUGGUGUAAAGAAUGGAUCAAAUGAAUCUGCUGUCACGAAUAACCAAGCAGAUGAUAAAACCAAUGACGUUACAAAAGCAGAGGACAAUCGAACGCAGGGCGAUAAUACAUCACUGCCCGACCAAAAGACUCAAGUGACAUCGUCUGCACCGGAUGAGAAUAAUAGUACAAAGGAUUCAAUUGAUACUAUCCUGGGACAGCCCAAACUAUCGCCAGAAGACAGACAACGGAAGCAUCGAGAAUUAAUAGAAAAGCAAAAAGAAGCUAGACAACGGGCUGAAGCUCUUAGAACUCCAUUAGACAAAGUGAUGAGACCGUCGCCUGAACCUCAGAUAAAAUCUAACGAAUCGAAUGGCAAUACAGACAGCACUACGACAACAUCAAUAAGUAAAGCUGCUACAAUCCCGGUCGUUAACGCCUCUGUUCCACAGAUACGUCCCCAGCAACCGAGAGAACAACUGAUCCAGGCAGGACUUGUUAUUCUAAAUAGUCCAGAUGUGCAAAAUAUGCCAAUGUCGAGGAAAAUAAAGACUUUGAAAGCGAACGGGUUGACUGAUGAAGAGAUUGAAACUGCUGUAGGGAGAGUCGAGAAAGAGAACGCAGCUACAAGAGUGCCACCAGUUCCUCCUCCAAUACCCAGAACUGCUCUAUGGAAGAGACUUGUGAUUGUUUUGUUCAUCACUGGUUCGUUCGCGUCUGGGCUAGCAUACUUUGUUAAGAAAUAUGUGGUCCCAUCAAUGACAAGUAUACUUUCAGCCAGACAAAAACUCUACGCACAUCAACUAGAUUUAUUUACAAAACUCAAUUCCAAACUUACUUCUAUAUCGUCGCCAAUAUCACUAAACUCGAGCAAACAUACACUCUCAAUUUCAUCUCCGAGUCCUUUGAGCUUAACACCUGUUUCAACAAAUCUCACUUCGAUCACGUCUAUUCUUUCAUCCUAUCACACGUACGCUGCCUCUCUCGACGGAAUAGACGAUCUUCAUGCUUCAUUAACAGCAUUUGCAAAAUAUGUAUCCUUAAACCUAUACUCGUAUACUCCAUAUGGUGAUAGAGACAGAGAUGCUCCAGUUAUGAAGGUAAAAGAUGAGAUUAGAAGUUUAAAAGGAAUGCUGAUCAACAUAAAAAACUUCCCCAGAGUGCCUCUUGGGCGCGGAGGAGGACCCGGUUGGAGUGCAGUUAAUGAUCGUGGAGAUGUAAACGAGAUGAGCAAAGAGGAAACAAGCGAAAGUUAA